AUGAAAAAAUGUGAUAUUCUAAUAUAUCUAUUUUUCAUGGUAAUGGUGAAAUGUUAUCGACAGUUUAUAAUUCCAAAUGACAUAAAUAUGAUAAGAGACUCUAUUGUAAAUAAUUGCUGUAACAGAAAUAGAAAUGUAUAUAUAUAUGCCAAAAAAAAAAACAGAAAAGUUAUUGUUAUAGAAUGUACUGAAGCACGGAAGUAUGGAAAACAGCCUUCAAGGUAUGUGACAGAAAAGAAUAAAGUUAAUACACCAAAAAAAUUACAAUUAUAUAAAUAUAAUAAAUAUCUUAAAAGAAGGACAUUACACGUUGAAAUUAAAUAA